GUAUCAAACAAUAUCAUCACUGGUCUCUACCACCUCUUUGCUAUACCUUCUUAUACAUCCAAGACGUUGCAAGUCUUGUCCAUCCCAAUGCUUUCGACUCAGAUCCAGCACGCCCACGCCUCGAGACAAGCUGCACAGCUUGGAAAGGCAGCAGCUUCAAGCUUCGUCCGUACUGCAUCCUCUUCUUCCUCCCUUCUUGGAUGCCCGGCCGUCCUUAGAGUCGGCUGCGCAGCGAGCCAACAACAUCGACUCUUCUCGUCAACACCCGCCACCCAACUCCGUGACUUCUUCCCCGUGAAGGAGACUGCCCAUAUCCAAAAGACCAAGCCAGCAUGGCCUCACCACGCGCAGACAUACGAAGAGAUGGCUGCUGUCGUACCUGCCCACCGAGAGCCCCGAACCAAAGGUGACUGGGUGGCCUGGAAGAUUGUGCGCCUUGCCCGAUGGUGCAUGGACAAGGCCACGGGCAUGGAUCGUGAACAACAAGUUGACAAGAAGCACCCAACAACUUCUGUUGUGGCACAGAAGCCUCUUACCGAGGCGCAAUGGUUGGUGCGAUUCAUCUUCUUGGAGAGCAUCGCCGGAGUCCCAGGCAUGGUCGGCGGUAUGUUGCGCCAUCUCGGAAGCCUUCGACGCAUGAAGCGAGACAACGGUUGGAUCGAGACACUCCUCGAGGAGAGCUACAACGAGCGGAUGCACCUCCUGACAUUCAUGAAGAUGUGCGAGCCUGGCUGGUUCAUGAAGAUGAUGAUCAUUGGAGCUCAGGGCGUCUUCUUCAACAGUCUUUUCGUCUCUUACCUCAUCUCCCCUAAGAUUGUCCACCGAUUUGUCGGAUAUCUUGAGGAGGAGGCCGUCCAUACCUACACCCGCUGCAUCAAGGAGAUUGAGGACGGUAACCUGCCCAAGUGGAAUGACCCCAAGUUUGGCAUUCCCGACAUUGCUGUCCAGUACUGGCAAAUGCCCAAGGAGCACCGAACGAUGAAGGACCUGAUCCUUUACAUCCGGGCUGACGAAGCCGUCCACCGAGGUGUCAACCACACACUCGGUAACCUCAACCAAUCCGAAGAUCCGAACCCCUUUGUCAGCGAGUUCAAGGACCGAGAGGUUCCCAGGCCUGCCCUAAAGCCCGCUGGAUACGAACGAGCCGAUGUCAUCUAA